AUGGUAGGACGUGGGUACCCAGAGUUGUGCCGGGGAGAGGGGUCAAGCCCAAGCAGGGACGAGCGGGAAGUGGUGGCGCAACCAGAGCCGCCGCUAGGAGAACAUGGCGGGGGAGUGAGGCGAGCCACCAGCAGCUCCCGGUGUUGUUACCCGGGUGCGUCCCGCCCACUUCCGCCCCCGCGCCAACCGCCGUGCGCCGACGGCGCCAGCGUCGCCCCUCUCCGCCCCGCCCCGCCAAUCGCGGCGGAGCGGCGGCCUCUCUGCCCUCGCUCCAGCCAAUGGAAAGCGACACAAACACUCGGGGCCACGCCCCCUAGGGGCCGCCCAAUCCGGGCAGGCCCGCCCCCGGUCUCCGAGUCACGGGCUCGCAGUGCGCGGCGGGCGGGCGGGCGCCACCGGCCAAUCGGGAUGCGCACGGACAGCCGAGGCCGCGCCUCCCCGGGCCCCUCAGCCAAUCGCGAGAGACGUAAACAGGCGUCGGCGCGCCCCCGGUGGGCGGCGGCAGCGGGCGGGCACGCGUCGCUCGCCAUGGAGGAGCCGGGCCCGGUCGCCGCGCCGCCGGAGGGGCGGGGGCGGGACGAGCGGAGCCUGGAGGCGCUCAGCCUGGCUGGCGGCGGAGGGGCGGCGGUGCCGGGGCGGCAGCUGUCGGAGGGGCGGCGGGCGACGCUGGCCAGCGCCCUGGAGCUGGAGGGGACGGUGCUGCGCGAAGGGCGCCUCACCCAGUUCGUAGCCAACAACCUGGAGCGGCGGAUCCGGCUGAGCGGCGCCCCGCGGGGCGAGUCUGCGGCGGGGGGCGGCGGGUCCUCCAUCCCCGCCAUCGACCCCGGGGCGCUGCAGGACGUGGUGGCCCUGGCCGGGCAGGUGGCGGCGCAGGUGGAUGAACUGCUGCGGAACGUGCACUGCGGGCUGCAGGCGCUGACGGCGCUCAGCGUCGGCUGCAUCCAGACCUACCGCGACGGCGUGGAGAGCCUGGGCGAGGCGGCCGACCUCAGCAUCCGCGCCAUGUACGCACUGGUGGCGCGCUGCGAGGAGCUGGACCGCGCCAUGCAGCCCGUGCCCGCCCUGGCCAAGCGCAUCCGUGACAUGAAGGGCACGCUGGAGCGGCUGGAGGGGCUCUGCAAGUAGCUGCUCCCGCCGCCGCUCCUCCCGUGCCGGCAGCGGGGGCCUGGGGCUGCUGCUCUCUCGCUCCGGCGGCCCCCGCGGCUCACGGCGUCCGUAGCUCCCACCUGCACAUCCUCGCUCGCUCUCCCCGUGCGUGACUCGCCGGCAGCAGUGGCCAGAUCGCCGGUGUUGAUCUGGACGAAGGGAAAUUCUUGCGACGGACGAAGGAAAAAGUCCGGGUUGAAAACCGCGGGGUACAUGGCAGAUGGUGCUUUUUAGCUUCAGCUCCAUUAAAGAAUUUGGAUUCCACAUUCCUUACGCUUUCUAUUUAUUGAGAGCCAAGAGAAACUAACGAGUAUUAAUUAAAAGUAGCUCUUAAUUUUUUAAAAAAAUCAAAUUCAAAAUUCUUGUGAGUACCUGCUUGAUGCUUACAUGCAUCUGUGAUUAUUUCUAGUUGAUUUGGAGCCUGAAGAGUAAUUCUCACCUAUGUUUUUACAGCAAAUAAACUCACUGAACACCACUGUUUCUUACAGGACACAGUUUUAAGAUAAGAGUAAGUUUAGCAAAGACAUUUGCUAAACAUAUAGCAAAGACAUUUGUUUUCUGAGAAGAAUAUAAAGUCCAUGGAAGAUAUUUGAGAUUCAGAUAAGAACAAAUCAUAAGCAAAGUUUUAAAUAAAAGCUUUCAGAUGAAA